GACCUCCAAGCCCCUCUGUAGGGACCCAAAACCCCUGGAAGGACCCCCAUAAAGGCCCCAAAGAUCUCACAACCCCCCAAGAACCCACAUGGGGACCUCAGAGAUCCCUGAAAGUCCCCCCCAAGGACCCACGUAGGACCCCUCCCCCGCCAUUCUCCUCUCUGCCUCCCCCCAGGGGUCUCCUCCGGGCCGUGCCCCCCUUCUCCAGGGCCCUGAUAUGGAGCGCAGUGCAGGAUCUGCUGGCGCCCAUGGGGACGGAACCCGACGAAAGCGUUCACAGCUUCGCCCGGCGCCGCUUCGGGGCAGAGGUGGCCGACGUGGCUGUGGACAGUUUGUGCAGGGGGGUUUUUGCUGGGGAUUGCCGGCAGCUCAGCGUCCGUUCCUGCUUCCCUGCUCUGUUCCAGGCUGAGCGCAGGAGGCGUUCGGUGCUGCUGGGGUUGGCGAUGGGAGGGGGGCGUCCAGGCGGCGCCGCGUCAGCGCUGCUCCUGAGGUCGCGGGCGGAACGUUGGACGCAAUGGGGGCUGAGGGGGGGGAUGCAGACCCUGCCUGAAGCCAUCGCUGCCUUCCUGCGGCCGCGCCGCGCCGAGAUGCUGCUCCAUGCGGAGCUGCAACGCCUGCGGCUGCGGCACGACGGCACCUGGCAGGUGGGGGGGGAACCCCGUGGUGGCACCCGCGAGGCCUCGUGUGGGGCUGGGGAGCCUGAGCUU